AUGGUUAUUCUGAUGAUUGUCCUCGCACUGUUUGACAUCUUCAGCUCGCCGUCCUCCAGCAACAAGUCACCAUUGUGAGAAGGACGUCUCCCAUACGCUUCAAACAGUCUACCAGCGCUGAGUCAAUGAAACGCUCGUCGAAUCUUCCUAACACAUACAUGCUCGUUCUCCGUCGAGGUAAAAAUUUCCAUUUUUCCUGAAAAUCCAAAAAGUUGGUUCAAGGUCAUGGCCGUCGAAUCCUUGCCGUGCAGCCGUGGUUGUGGUCGUCGAAGUUGUUUCUUUUUUUAGAGGUUUUUUUCAAUUUCGAGCUCCUUUUCUUGGUGAUAUUUUUGACGCAAAAGUUGAAAUCUCAAUUUGACAAAAAGUAUAGUUUUUUUUUUCUUUUUUUUUAAACUUAUUUUUGGAGUUUCUUUCUCUCAUAGAAUUUUCAUUUGGAUUCCGUGUUCAGUCGUUUCGAGGCGUCUUGGUCGUUUCGUGGGUGCCUCGUGGCCGUCUCGUGGCCCGAGCAGCCCUGGUUGAUGUCGUCGAAACCGUGGGCGAUCUCGAACCCCCAUCUUCGCCGUCACCGACGCGCUUCAAAGAAGUGUCAAGGUUUCUGCUGUGAAAACUUGUCGCUCAGACCCCUCGCUAAAAUGGUUUCUUGAUUAUUGAUUGAUUAAGGUGGCCCAGGCGAGGGGGCGACAAUUAUUUAAGUGAGUUUUUUUUUUUUUCUUUUUUUCAUUGAAAGGUUGCAUGACUACACCUUGGAUCCAAAGCAUGAAUAAGAAAAAUUAGAUAAGGAAAUGAGAAGGUUUAAAAAUAAAAAAAGUUUACUUCGAAGUAUUAUCAGUUUUAUGUGUAAGUCAUUUCAACGAGAAACGCGAAAAGUCUCACGUAGUGCCUUACUUGCCGCAACGUGACCUUAUUUAUCGUAAAUCGAUGAACAAACAAAGACGCUCUCUCGUCCGACCGCUUCGCGAGUCUUCGGUUGACCGCUCCGCAUUCCAAUUUGGUCUGCGAGAAAUCGUUUCCAUGUCAUAUUGUGGGGUCAAGGUUGUUGCGGUUUCAGCAGUACGACUACAUUCCGAGAUGAUUCGUCCAGAUGAUCUUCCUCGAUGCAGCACGGGUGAAAUCAUUUCUUUUUAUAAGAACCUAGGCUAGUUCAUGACUACUAGAACAGUUUAAGUUUGAUUAUAUGUUAAGAUUACAUAUUGUUUAACUCAUUUUUAUUUAUUAUCAUGUUUUUUUUUCAAGCCAAAAUCGUAGUAGAUGAUUGAUAAUUAUGGUAGCUGACGUUUUAUUGAGGAUGUUGAUAAGACCAGACUUCCAAUUUGAAAGAGAGAAUAAGUUAGCGUCUCGUUGUUAAUUAGUAGUAUCAGGCAAAAGUUAGGUGAGUCAUAGUUUGGGUCAUGGUGUUGAGAGGGGUAAUGGUGGUUGGUAAAGGAGAGGUAGAUGGGUUUUUACGGCUUUUGUCUGCUAGUCUGCUAAUCUGCAUCGUUUCCUACUUAUCCGUGAUAAUUGGCUGUUUCGGUUUUUUUGACAUUUCCAAUGACUCGUAAGUUAUCAGAUGAGUUAAGUUCGAUGAUGGUUUUUUUGUGCAUGAGUAGGUGCAUGUCUUCACGACAGGUCCUUCGAUGGGAUGAGGACAGAGAGACGAGAGAUUGGCUCGAGAAUCAGGAUUGUAGACGUUCGUCGGAGAUGACUCACGGAUCAAGUUAUCCUGAUGAAAUUGCAGGUAAUUUCAAUUUGACUUUAUUUAUAAAGGCGUUGAACUUGAAGCUUUAAUACCUUUUGAUGGAAAUUUCAAAGUUUUCGUUUCCUGAAAAAAACUUCCAUCAGAUCCAUUUUCUUUAUUGUCUAAUGAAAAUUCUACCUUUCAUUGAAACUCCAUUAAGUUCAAUUUUUUAGACGUUCAUAUUGUGAUCGUGGUCGCUUCCUGGUCCAGCAGCCCUGAUUGA